GAGGGUAAUGACCUUUCAGAUAUUGGUGGUGAAUCACUGGGUGAGUUACUUAGUGUAAUUUAUCUCCCUAAUGAUACUUUUAUAUGGAGUGAUUACUCAUUUACAGCUGAUUAUCUAGAAAAGCUGGUUGAAUCAAUAGGUGAGAAUGUGAUAUUGAAUUGGAAAUGGAUAGACAUGAGUUGGAUUAGCCUAUCUUUAAUAAGUGGAAGAACAUUAGCUUGCCUUUUAAAGAUAUCUACAAACCUAGACCAUAUUGACAUGAGUUAUUGUAGCUUAUCAGGUAGUAUCAUUAGUGAAAUGAUGGAGGAGUGUUGUAGGAUGAACAUAAUUUUGGGAGCUGAAGUGCUUAGAUUGGAGGGCAAUGACCUUUCUGAUAUUAAUGGUAAAUCACUUGCUGACAUAAUUAGUGUAAUUAGUCUGCCUGGUGAUACAUUUACAUGGAGUGAUUACUCAUUUACAGCUUAUAAUGUAGAAAAGCUGGUUGAGUCAAUAGGAGAGAGUGAGACAUUGGAUUGGGAAAAGAUAGACAUGAGUAGGAUUAACCUAUCUUCAAUCAGUGGAAAAACAUUAGCUUGCCUAUUUAAGAUCUCUACAGAACUGGUCCAUAUUGACCUGAGACAUUGUAAUUUAUCAGGUAGUAUUCUAACUGAAAUGAUGGAGGAAUGCCAUCAGUGGUGUAGCUAGGGGGGUCAAAGGGGGGCACGUGCCCUGGGUGCCACGUUUGAGGGGGAGCUGAAGUUGAAGAAUGAGAGUAAACAAAUAAGCACUUUUUAGAAAAACACGAUGAAAUUGAUGUAUUUCAUCAGGCAUGAAUAUUUUAAUAAGAAUCCGAAUGUAGUUGUUUUUAUUGGCAAAUUCAUUGAUUGUGAUUUCUUUUCAGUU